CCAACCAUGUUGAAACUAUUCACAAACAUUGCGAGCAAGAAUCAGUCGAGCAGCCAAUCAUUGUUGGUGUCGUUUGGACGCAGAGCAGCAUACACAACUCCAUUCGGUGGAGGUAUCAUCAGUAAUAGUGGACGCAGCAGAAGCAUCUUUAGAUACUACUCGACAUCGACGUCUGAGGAGCUGGGCGAGCGCGAGUCUGACCAGUUUGAUGUUGUGAUUGUCGGCGCUGGUCCAUCCGGUCUGAGCGCUGCCAUCAAGCUCAAGCAGUUGGCACAGGCAGCCAACACCGAGCUGCGUGUCUGUGUCGUCGAGAAGGGUGCCGAGGUCGGCUCGCACAUCCUCUCUGGUGCAGUCCUUCAACCCACAGCACUCAAUGAGCUCAUCCCCGACUGGAAGGAGAGAGGUGCACCAUUGAAUACACCAGUAACAGAAGACAAGUUCUAUUUCUUGACAGAGAAGUACUCGGUUCGUCUACCCACGCCACUACAUCUGCACAAUGAAGGCAACUAUAUCAUCAGUUUGGGCAACUUGAUGAAGUGGAUGGGACAGCAGGCUGAGGAGUUGGGCGUUGAGAUCUACCCAGGCUUCGCCGCUUCAGAGGUUCUGUACGACGACAAGGGAACAGUUAAGGGCAUUGCCACCAGCGACAUGGGCAUUGGCAAGGAUGGAAAGCCAACCUCACAUUUCACUCGUGGCAUGGAGCUGCGAGCACGUUGCACACUCUUUGCCGAGGGAUGUCGUGGAUCACUCACCAAGACACUCAUCAAGAAGUUUGCACUCGACAAGGAUGUCCAGGGCCAGACCUACGGUCUUGGAAUCAAGGAGAUCUGGCAGAUCAAGCCAGAGAAUCAUAAGGCAGGAUUGACACUUCACACGAUCGGAUUCCCAAUGGACUUGAACACUUAUGGCGGUGGCUUCGUCUAUCAUUUGGAGAACAACUUGAUGUCCAUUGGACUGGUCGUUGGACUGGACUACAGCAACCCAUACCUCAACCCAUACCAGGAGUUCCAAAAGAUGAAGUUGCAUCCUUUGAUCAAGCCCAUGCUCGAGGGCGCCACCUGCGUGCAAUAUGGCGCCAGGACAAUCAAUGAGGGCGGCGUCCAGUCGAUCCCCGAGCUGGUGUUCCCCGGUGGAGCGUUGAUUGGCUGUUCAGCCGGCUUUGUCAACGUGCCCAAGAUCAAGGGCAACCACAACGCCAUGAAGUCUGGCAUGCUCGCCGCCGAGGCCGUCUUUGAUGAGCUGACCAAGGAGGGCGCCGCCGAGCAGGAGACCGAGAAGCCACUCAUGCUCUCGGCCUACCCCACCAAGCUCAAGAACUCCUGGGUCUGGGAGGACCUGUACGCCGUACGUAACUACCGUCCAAUGUUCCACUGGGGCCUUUUGCCCGCACUGGCACUGGGCGCACUUGAGAUGUACAUCUUCCGCGGCAAGCUGCCCAUCACACUCAAGCACGCAUCACGCGACAAUGAGACACUGAAGCCCGCCAAGGACUGCAAGAAGCUCCAAUAUCCAAAGCCAGACGGCGUGUACACCUUUGACCUGAUGACCAGCGUCAUGCGCUCGGGCACCAACCACGAGGAGAACCAGCCAGCGCAUCUCAAGGUGCGCAACAUGUCCGUCGCCGAGAAGGUCAACCGCGACAAGUAUGACGGACCCGAGGGCCGCUUCUGUCCGGCCGGUGUCUACGAGUGGAUUGAGCUCGAGGGCAAGGAAGACAAGAAGAAGCUACAAAUCAAUGCACAGAACUGUCUACAUUGCAAGACCUGCGACAUCAAGGAUCCAACGCAAAACAUCGACUACACUGUGCCAGAAGGCGGUGGUGGACCCAACUACUCCAACAUGUAA